CAAAAUCGCAGAGAGACCGCGAUCCAGACCGGAUUGCUGCUUUCGAUUUUUGGUCGCUGGAUCUACGAGAUUCUCGCGCUGAUUCGUGAGCGCGAUACGCUCUGGGCCCAAUGCAGCAAGUCGUCGCGGGCUGCCGGGGGGAGGCCCAUGUGCGCACUCCGUCUUCCUCGUCUGUUUCUGGAGGAAGGUUAUGGAGCGUCAUGAAUGAGGGAUGGGAUGUUCCAUUGAACGUCGCGCAGGCAACGGUGGCGCCGAGAACGCGUCCAGUGUGGACCAUGUUGUACUGGAGCAGCUACUAGCUUGGAUUAUGUACUGGAGCAGCUACUAGCUUGGAUUAUGUAAAUGAUCCUCCGGACCAGGAACGUCGCUUUAUUUAAGACCAGCACAAGCACCAUGGAAAAGCACGCCAACUCGUCUGCCUUCGCUUUUCCUCGAGUGGGCUCCCUUCCCUUUCGCCUGAGCAUUCGUUUUUGCCGCCCAGGCCGUUCGUUCCGUCUUCGAAAUGUCUCCCAGGAGUUUGCGCAAUAAGCUUUGGGCCGCAGCGGUCGCUGGUGCGGCCGCGCUAUCGACAUCCAACGCGUACUUCCUCUUCGCGAUGAACGAUGUCAUCACCAUUGAGCGUCUCGACCCAAUUGUCAGCCCAGGACAAGUCGCUUCACACGUUCAUACAGUGAUGGGCGGGAGCAAUUUCCGCGCGACGACUAACACGAGUUUCUUGCGGGCAAGCGAGUGUACGUCCUCGCCUAUCAAGCAGGACAAGUCGAACUAUUGGGCACCAGUGCGUUCCUUUUCCAUUAAAUUGGAGUUUCGGCUCAAGCGUCCUCCAAACGCAGACUCUCUACUUCCAGUUCGUCUUCGAGCAGUGCUUGGGGUUGUUGUCGUAUUGAUCCAUCUGCAGCUGGGCGAACGGCUCAUUCAGCAGUGUGACGGGCAACCCAGUCAUGUACGGCCCGUCGCCGCAGAUUACCUUUUCUCCGACACACCUGGAGCGACGACGCCCUUUCCCGAUGACUUCCGUAUGAUCAGUGGAAAUCCCACGCUGCGCUCUUACAACGGGAGUGACUACGCGCAGCAGGCCAUCACGUUCCUCUGCCUCGAUUUCAGCGGGGUGAGCACCCGGUUCAACCAGAUUCCGGCGCAGGGAUGCCCGUCCGGAAUGCGCGCCCAGAUCAACUUCCCGAUGUGCUGGGAUGGCAAGAACGCGGACUCGCCGGACCACAAGUCGCACGUCGCAUUCCCGUCUGGGGGCGCUGACUCUGGCGCAUGCACGGAUCCCAAGUACCCCAAAACACUCCCUCGAAUCUUCAUGGAGAUGUACCUCGACACGGCGUCCUGGUGGAAUCUGCGCGGCCAGGCUAUGAACCCCAACCAGCCGUUUGUGUAUUCGAUGGGCGAUCCAACUGGCUUUGGAUAUCACGCCGAUUUCAUGAUGGGCUGGGAUGCCAAUGUGCUUCAAGGUGUAGUGGACAGGUGCAACUGCAAUCCGUACGGCGACCCGACCUGCUGCUCCAAUGCCGGCGUCUUCACCUUCGAGCAGGGUGGAACCUGUCGCAUCACUCAGAGUGUGGACGAAGUCACGACGGGAACCAUCAAAACCCUCCCGGGUAACAACCCCGUCGUCGGGUUUGGAGCAAACGCGCCGACACUGUCCGGGCCUGCUCCGCCGUUCAUCCAGCCUGUCUACGCGUACACCGGCGACAGUCCCACGCAGACCGGGACGCCGGUGGGCGGGCAAGUGGUCGCUCAGACUUCGGCGCCAGGCUCGGCCGGCGACGCGCCUGUUGCUGUUCCGAGUGCGCCGGCGGUCAUCGCCCCUGCGUUCGGAAACCAUCGGGCACGAAAGCUGGGCCGUUCGCCCGGCAUCCAGUUUUACGACGCCCAUUCGAGCUUCUGAGCCUUUGUAUUGAAUAACCUCGCACAGAUGCUCUAAAUUCUGUCGCCGCCCAGUGCGGCCGUUUCGACGCUCUGUACUUAGACUUGUCGCCUCUUCUCUCGCUCACAUCCUGCAUUGAUUGCAGAACGCCUCCAAUCCUUUUUGUAUCCUCCCUUUGUAAAUCGUAGUCACAAUGCAACGUCUGUCGUCUUUGCAGCUCCGAUAGUGGCGGUUCGCAUGCCAGCUUGAUCAGUCACGUCAUCAAACAGGACAUUAGGCCUGCCGCUCGUUUGCAUAAACUCCCACAUCGUGCCUCGCUUCCCCAAUUCCGCGCUCAAUUUUAGUGCACAAGAACCCAUCGGAUGGCGUCCAGAGCGGCUCGGGGCAACUUGAGGCCGAAAGGAAGACGCCAAAGCAGGAGCUGCCGCACCGUGCCGUGCGCUCAGUAGUCGUUCUCUCAGUCAGCCAAGGCGCAGUCCGCUCUACACCCCAUUCGCUGCUUGUCUCCCCGCGUGUUUCAGCGCCAUGCUUCGCCGCUGGAAGCCUUAGGUGGAGCGACGUGCACUCAGGGCCCUCGCGGCAUUAGUAUCGGCAUGGGGGGAGAGGAUCUGGAGAUGCAGCUCGGUGCAGUGGGAUAAAUAGGGAGGGUGUUCAGCGAGGAGGACAGUGCACUUCACUUCUCUCUUGUGCCCCCUCUCCUGCGAAUUCUAGCCCCUGCAAUGCUCGCUAAGGUUCUGGUCCUUCUGCUGGGUCUCAGCGCCGUCUCUGUCGACGCAAACAGUACGCCCAAGGUCCGCGUCGUGACCAGCUGCACGGUCAAAAACGCCGUUGCGAUGACCUUCGACGACGGGCCGUACCAGUGGAUGCCGCUAAUCAGCAACAUGCUCACCCAGAAGGGUGCGAAGGGUACCUUUUUCGUCAGUGAGUGCAGACGACUGCAUUUACGCUCGUACUGUUUCGUCGUAUCUGCAGCAGACGUAUCUUGCCGGCCACCAGAUCGCUGCGCACACUUGGUCCCACCCUGAUCUUACGACUCUCAGCGUUGCCAGCAUUACCAAGCAGCUGAACAAAAUCGACGAUGCGCUUUUCAGAGUCUUGGGCAUCAACACCACGUUCUUCCGCCCUCCGUACGGGAGCUACAACACGCGUGUCCGCGAAGUGGCCUAUGUCCUGAAUAAGACGAUGAUAACUUGGGAUUUCGACUCAGAAGACUCCCUGAAUGCGACUGUUCCUCAGAGCCAGCAGUACUACACCGAUCUCAUCCAAAGCCGUCCUGACUCGGUGAUUGCGCUGAACCACGAAACCGAAGUAAGCAACUCGCGACCUGGGCGGUCGACGCCUUCAAGGCUGCCGGAUAUAACCUAGUCACUGUGGCCGAGUGUCUGGAUAUGGAUCCCUAUACGCACGUCGGUGAUCUGGGCGUUCGUGAUAGUGAGACUUGGACCUGCUAGUCGAGUAGCCAGCUAGAUGGCGUAGAGCUAUGCAUUGUUGUAGUUGCUGCCCGAACAAGAGCGCCUCCAUAGAAUGUGGGCAUGUUGAUGCAUUCAAAGUAUCUUUCUGCUCCGGACAAUCAUGUUCAGAC